GGUGUGUGAGCACAGUGAGGGACAGAGGAGGCAUCUGCUCAUGAGCAGAAGAGGUCGAGCUCCCUCUGGAUUCACAGAUCUCACUGUCACGGCUAAUCUUGGGCUCUCACCACGCUCUUAACAUCUUCGAAUUCUUGAGCUCUCUUACAGCGCUGACCGAUCGAUCGGGAGGAGCGAAGAGAAGAUUGCAAAGCGUUGUCGAGCACCACCGAGGGCGCAUCAGCUUUCCAUACCUCCCCUCGCGUCACGUCGGCGCCAUAGCCAUGGAUGAAACGGGAGGAAUCCAGUUGCUUUUGGCGGCCGAGCAAGACGCCCAGCGCAUCGUCGUCAGCGCCCGAGCAGGCAAGACUCAGCGAUUGAGACAGGCCAAGGAAGAAGCCGAACGAGAGAUCGCUGGAUUUCGAGCCCAGAGGGAGGAAGAAUUCAAGAAGAAGCAAGAUGUGUCGACUGGCAGUGUGGACUCAAACGUGAAGCGACUGGAGGAGGAAACUGACGCGAAGAUCCAGCAACUCACAAAGGAAUCCUCUCAGAAAUCGAACGAGGUGACAUCAUUUCUGUUGAAAUACGUCACCACUGUCAAGGUUUGAGUUCACGGUUCUGACAUCACGGUCUACAGAUGCAUAAUUCAGCCUCUCGUCUCGUCGAUGGGUACGACGUGUUCAGGGCUCGUCUGUUCCGCACGAGCAAGCAUUUCCUGGGCAAUAUUCAGCGUAUAGAGGCUUUAUAACUGAAAAAUGUGUAGCGUCGUAGAUCAUGAACUGGGCACCAGAUGCCGUCUGGACUCUAGUUGCGAUCAAUGUAAUAUAUUUUUUCCUUUUCAGUGCAGGUGAAUAAAAAUCUUGUACGAGUGUGUUUGACGUUCAUGUCAGUGAGAUCGCGUUCAUUCGGAUUUUGCUUUCUAGUCUUCCCUUGGGAUCUUUCUCACAUUUCUUGACAGCAAGUGUAAUCUUUGCCUUUUCGAUAUUUGUGCACCUUUGCUUAUCGAAGCAAAGGAGCAAAAUUAGAAAUGAAUUAAGGAAGUUGAAGUACGGAAUAGAAACCGGCAGAUCUUCCGAAGCUCAAGGUCAUGAGCGGAAUUUCCAGCAAGAUCUGUGCCCAUUUGAUCAUCCAUGCCCACUCAAUGUCCUCCAGUAAAUAGAUCUUACAUGAUUUGGCUAGUACCGAGAGGAAACACGAUAAAAAAUGGAGAACAAGGAGGCAAAGUUUCGUAGAGAUUCUUGGUGUGGUCAAAGUCUCAAAAAGCUCCUCGAUGUUUCUUGUAGAUAACUCUAAACCAAGGAUUACACUGUUUUGCCGAUACAAAUUAUUUUCC